AUGGAAACCUCCAACCCAGACGACCCAUGUAAGGAUGUUGUCAUAGCAGUGGCCAACAUCACUCGCGCUUUCAAACUUAGCUCCCUUAGAAAAGGCUACAAAAUUGAUGAUAAGGUGAUUAGCCCGCGAAUAAUUGAGAAGCCAGAGAAGGGAGAACCCCAACACAAGGGAAGCCUCAUCCUCAAAAAUUUCAAGGAAAAGCAGGAAGUUUAUCAAUCCAACAUUGAAAGUUUAAAACAAGCAUCCCAAACCCAUAAAACGGACUCCUUCAUCGAGACAACGCAAUUGGCUGAGAAUUCAAAAGCAGAGCAUGAUUACACCUUGAACUAUCGUCCAGACGACAUGGCUGAGAAUUCAAAAUUCAUCAAAGAGAUCGCUACAGCCGCUAUUGACAAAACGAAACUGCCACAAAACGUGGGCAAAUACAACGGCUUGACAGACCCAGACGAUCAUCUCCAAGUUUUUAAUGGCGCAGGAGCAACAGGGGGAUGGAAUUUGCCAACUUGGUGCCACCUGUUCGCUCAAACAUUCGUUGGCGCAUCGCGCAUAUGGUUCGACAGCCUGCCAGCAGGAAGAAUCAAAUCGUGGGUUGACUUCCGAGAGAAGUUCCUUGCACACUUCUCCCAACAGCGAAGACACACCAGAGACCCUGCUGAUUGUUUAAACAUAUGGCGCAAAGACCACGAAAGCGUGGAGGACUUUAUCACGAGGUAUAACAAAGAAUGUUUAGAAAUUGGAGACGUGGGCGAGAAGAUGAUGCGCACGCAUUUCAUGAGGGUAGUCAAAUGCGAUGAUCUAAUCAAGAGAGUAAAAGGAAGGGACGGAGGACCCAAAGAUUGGGAAACAUUCAUUGAAGCAGCGAAAACCAUUGCGCAAACAAAUAAACAGUUGACCGGUGACGAUCACCGUCAGCGAGGAUACAGCUCUAAUGACCGGCAUGGCAGAAAGGGCAGAGGCCAACCAUGGAAAACUUCCGGUCACAGAGAGAGAAGCCCCCCAAGAGAGGACGCGCGCCACACAAUCAACCAGAUAGCCCACCGGAAAGAGGUAAAAAGAGAAAACAAGGAAAAACAGUGGACUCCACUAACAAAAACCCCUUCCGAGGUCUUAGCCACUGAGAAUCACCAGUUCAAACCACCUCUACAGAUGCGAAACAAGAGGGGUCAAGAUCCCAACCUUUUCUGUGAAUUUCACAAAGACACGGGUCAUCUAACUGACGAUUGCUUCAGUUUAAAACAAGAGAUAGAAAGGGCCCUGAGAGACGGAAAGCUUACUCAUCUGGUAAAAGGCGGAAAGCGUGACUACCGCCAAAUUCAACGAAGAGAAGAAGGACCGGACAACAAAAAGCUCCGGAAGUUAGAAACGCACAUGGUUCAAGGGGGUCCGCGAAGGCCAUGA